AUGGACAAUACUACAACAAUCAACACACCUAGCAGUCUCCGAAUCGCACUCAUGAAUUUGACCACUUAUACAACGAUCUGUGGUGGAAUAUUCAUAUUCAUAGUCGGAAAUUUUGGUUGCAUGGGCAACAUACUCGUCUUCCGAUCUCAGACCUAUCGUCGACAAGCUUGUUUCAUUUAUCUUUUCUGGGAAACAAUAGCUAGUUUAUUCAUUCUCAAUUGUAUUCUUUUGACACGGAUACUAGAAAGCGGUUUUCGCAUAUCACUAAUGAAUGCAUCACUUACAUUCUGUAGAAUUCGAGAAUUUAUUUCUUUGUUCAUGUAUCAAAAUGAAAAUACAUUGUUCUUAUUCGCAACUCUCGACAAGAUUUUGUCAGCACAACGCUCGAUCACGCUACGGCAAUGGAGUAAUCACGUGCCUCUUGCCUAUAAAAUCAUAAUCGGAAAUGCUCUUGUUUGGUUGCUUAUGACAGGUCAUCGAUUGAUCUUGUACACCAAUGUAUAUGGCUAUUGCUGGUCUGAAGAAGGAUCCUAUAGAACUUUUGAUACUUCUUUGGAUGUAUCUCUUUCAGCGAUUGCUUCUCCUCUGCUUGUUAUUGUGUUGGCUGUUUUACUACGGUGCACUAUUCGAAAUGUCAAUCAACGACGUGUAAUUCUAAAAAUUCAAGGAAAUCUUCAAGAGACGGAUUCACAAUUAACAAUCAUGUUACUCUUGCAAUCGAUUCUUGCUAUUAUCAAUUAUGUGCCGUAUGGAGUUUAUAUUCUCUAUUCCAUGUUUACAAAGGAAUGGAUAAAAUCGCCUUGGCGUGUUGCCUGGGAACAAUUGAUCCUAGCUUUUAUUCGAUUGGGUUCAUACGUGUUUGCUGCCGGUACUUUCUAUGUAUCAAUGGUAUCGAAUCCUAGUUUUCGGAGAGAAUUCCUCAAGAUCGUUCGAGUACAAAAAGGCAAAAUUCAUCCUGUAUACAUUAAAUCAUAG